CACAAAUAUAUGCACACCUACCGAUAUGCAGCGUGCAUCGAUACGAUAGUCGUGCGACUGAUACACACAUAGACAUACCAAUCCAUCCACCCAGCCGCCCGCCCCUCUUCAAGGCUUCCAGCCAGCCACUCUCUUCUCAGCAGCAAUGACAUAUCGCCGUCCCAGCCGGCCGCGCCUCACACUCGGUGGCCGAUAACCCUUUCCCACAGGAAUCCUUGGCAGCAGAGGCCCUUGAAGUUUGCCCUUCUCUCUUUGGCGGUCAGGCUCCGGUCGGCACGGCACAGUUUGACCAACCACACACGGCAGGUUCGCGGGAACACACUCUCUCGGCGGCGGAUCAGCAGCAGCACCACACUGCUGUAUCCUCUUGCUCGUGUGCGAAGGGGGCAGGCGAUGCGAUCCCCGCACGAGAGGUGGCAGGCUCCGAUGCUGACCUGACCUGUCCGCUGCUGAGUGCUCGGGCGUCUCCUGGUUGCCUUUGCUUGAGGGGGAAGAAAUUGUGUCUCGAGUGGAGUCAGUCGGGAUAAGAGCCUGAUUGCCGCGGCCGCGCACGAUGAUGGGACCAAGAAGAGGUGGCGGUCUCACAGUGGCGGCUUGGGGGACCGGCGGCUGUGUUGAUGUCUCCGCCUCCCUCUGUUGUCGUCGAUUUGGCAACGCUGCCCGCAAGCCCGGUAGCAGCGCUGUGCCGUCCGCCGGACAGCGGAGCGAGGGCAGGUGCUCCUCCUGAUGAUCCCCAUCGGUUGUCUCAUCUUCGUUCUGACAUCCACUGUCUUGCAGCAUGGAUGCCAGACAUGCUGAGUGCACCACGUGUCCACAUGGCAGGCUGACCAGCUUGCCGGUCUUCUCCUGUCCCUGGCCGCACUUGACACACUUCUGUCGCGCCAUGGCAGCCAGAGACACGCCCAUCCCAUCAUGAUUGCCACUCUCCUUGAUGGUCGCCGCAGGUUUGUGGGAGGGCAGAAAGCCACGGACCUCCAGCGCAUGCUUCCGCAGUUGGCCCGUCUGAGCGACCGGCGGCAGCACCGGUCUUCCCCUGUCUCCUGAUGGCUUGUCUUUCACCUUGCCGGCUGCCGAGACGAGCUCCCAGUGUUGGGAAUGAAUGGCGAAGCUGACAGCCUCUCUAAUAUCGAAAUCUGACGCCGUUAGGUCUUGGCCCUCCACCGGCUGAGCAAGGCAAGGCGGCUGGCCGACGAAGCGCUCCACCAGGUCAGACGGAAGGGGAUCCCGGUUGCGUGAUGGGUGGUGGUAGCGCAUUGGUCUUGGUUGCGGCUGCUGCGCGAGGAGAGUGAGGACGUCGAAGUCAGAUGGCUCCACCUCGCGAUAUUGCAACGCCUGAAAAGAGAUGAAGGGGUGUGCAGGGGAAAAACAGCAGUCCUGUCAUUCUCAGCGUACCUCCAUGAAAUGGUGCAUAUAUUCCGACAUUUCUUCAGCCUCUGAUCCAUCCUCGCCCUCAUCAUUAGCUGGAUACAACCGAGACACAGCGACGGGCGCAAGGAAUGAGCAUGGCAUAUUAAAGAGCCUGUGUGCAUUCGACGCACCUCACCUGCCAGCCUCGACGCAGAGUGCCAGCAAUCCUUUGGUGUCCUCUUGACGAUAUACGGAUGGUGCUUCCGGUUGCACUCAAACUUCCUGCCCUUCCCCCUGCGAUCGUCCCGUCCCUCACCCUCCCACCCAGCCUUGCGAUAGCACGUCAGGCAUAGGUGCGUCUUCGGACACACAAGGCAAUGGAACAGCGGUCCCCGCACAGGCGCCAUGCCACAUCCCCUGCACCGCCAACCGAAGUGCGGGGCCGGGGAGUGACCCCGCUGGCCGGCGUUUCUGCCGGCAGUGACUGCAGGCUGGUCGACUUGGUCCAGCAGGGCGUGCCAGACCUCAGGAGACCACUCCACUCUGCACAUUGGGCAAGUGAUGGCCUCAUUUAGCGAAGUGCGAUGCUGAGCCCAAAUCUGUGAGCAGGAAAAGGCAAAGAGUUUUGCGUUCGUGCGUGUCUUCCCACUGUCUCCAUCAAUGCGCACCUUCAUGCAGGAAGCGUGGAAAUUCUGUCCACAGCCCCCCUUGCACCAAGUCAACCCCUCCAGAGCAAUAGCAGCCCGUCCCUCUCCCUCUCCCUCUGCGAAUGCGUCUCCCUGUGGAGGCCGCUUCCCCUCCCUGCUUGCCUGCCUUUCCACUCCCACUCUUUUGUUCUGGGGAACGAGAUGCUCCUGACAGAUGGGACACCGGUCUUUGUGCUCCACCUUGACGCGCCCCUGAUCAUGUCCAUGUCCACCACCAUCUCCCGGUUCGGCUGAGGCUGUUGUGCCUCCGGCUGCGUUGGCUCUUUCGAGUGCGCGGGCGCGCGCUGCCUUGAGGUGCUCCUCGCGGAGCGUGAGGAAGUGAUUGAGCUCCCUGUCUGUGAAGGCCACCUGCCAUGCUAUCGGCGAGUCAAGGGGGAGGCGGAGGACCUUGUGCAGCACGUAUACCUGUGCAACAGAGACAGGAGAAGACGCGAUGUCUCGAGUGUACGAUUGAAUCUGACCGAGUGGAGGCAGUGUUCGCCCUCGUCGGUGCCGCAUGUGCAGUGGAUGUUGGCUCCCAGAGUCACGCGAUGAGUCACUCGACGCUGGUGAGCCGCAGCCGCACCGUCCUGCACCACGAAAGAAAGAGGGCCUGCCAGCAAGAGCCACACACGACACAAGGGUCUGCCGGGGCUGCCUCCACUACUGUGCUGUCCACUGUACCGGGCGUUUGGACGAGGAAUAUGCGCUGGUCGUCGAGGAGGGCUACAGCCUCCUGGUAAGCAAGUGAGGGGCGAUGCCUGAAGGGGACAAACAGACAGUAUGGGCGACGGAGAAGACGCAACAGUGGCCCGGAGGCUCCCGUCCACCUAAACGGCUUUGAACGGCUCAUUGAGCGAAUAGGAUUGCACGGUCACAUAGUAGCGUCGUCACUGCAGAGCUGCAACGGCCUCAAUGAUUUCGCUCGCUCGAAGGUGGUACCAAGGUGAGCACUUGUCCGUCACAGUGUGUUUUAGUUUGGUUUUUCCUCUCGGCAGUAGCAGCAGCGGUUUCAUGAAGCCAAUU